GUACGAGAAGAGUUCAAUCAAAGCAGGCACGAGAGAACGCCGUACCAGGACUAUUCGCCCCGUUCGUCGUGUAAUUGAGAACAAGAAUGUUCCACUUCCGAACAGCUGGUCAAAUGUCUUAGCUUUACCGGAAAACAAGGAAAACUUGGCCAAAUUUCUGUCAGAACAUUUAAUUGCAAAUGCACCUCAAGAGAAAGUCAUUGUUGUUGCAGGUGGAUUUUACGACGGAAAAGCAGCGCAAUCGUCAAGCCAAUUGGGUGAUCCUUCUCUUUCGCGCGCAGAUGACGAAGAAGCUGACACAAGACUGGUUCUACAUGCUAUCGUCAACAGUUGUGACACGGUUGUUGUGUCUGCCUGA